UCGCGGAGUCCCUGGGGUCGCGAGUCCGGUCCUGCGGCCCCCGCCAUGGGCCUGGAGCUCUACCUGGACCUGCUGUCCCAGCCCUGCCGCGCCGUCUACAUCUUCGCCAAGAAGAACCGCAUUCCCUUCGAGCUGCGCCCGGUGGACCUGCUCAAAGGCCAGCACCUCAGUGAUGCCUUUGCCCAGGUGAACCCCCUGAAGAAGGUGCCUGCUUUGAAGGAUGGAAACUUCACCUUGGCUGAGAGCGUGGCCAUCCUGCUCUACCUGACCCGCAAGUAUAAGGUCCCCGACCACUGGUACCCCCAGGAUGUACAGGCCUGCGCCCUUGUGGAUGAGUACCUGGCAUGGCAGCACACAGCCCUGCGGAGAAGCUGCCUCCGGGCCCUGUGGCAUAAGGUGAUGUUCCCUAUUUUCCUGGGUGAGCCAGUAUCUCCUGAGAUGUUGGCAGCCACGCUGGCUGAAUUGGAUGUGACCGUGCAGUUGCUUGAGGACAGGUUCCUCCAGAACAAGGCCUUUCUCACCGGGCCCCACAUCUCGCUGGCUGAUCUGGUAGCCAUCACAGAGCUGAUGCAUCCUGUGGGUGCUGGCUGCCAAGUCUUUGAAGGUCGACCCAGGUUGGCUGCAUGGCGCCAGCGUGUGGAGGCAGCAGUGGGGGAGGAUCUCUUCCGGGAGGCCCAUGAGGUCAUCCUGAAGGCCAAGGACUCUCCACCUGCAGACCCCACCAUAAAGCAGAAGCUGAUGCCUCUGGUGCUGGCCAUGAUCCAGUGAGCCGGGAAGCCCAGUCCCUGCGCUUGACCGUGGCAGUUCACAAAGCACCUUCAUUUCCACUGUCCCAUGGGAGGCAGGCUCAGAGGGCAGUAGUGAUUUGCCUGAUCAGUCCCACUGCACCUGUGCUCCCCAGGUCAGGUCCCUACACCCGAACCAUCUUGCACAGCUGCCUAAAAGCCACAAUGAGAACGGAAUAGCCUGAUCUUAUCUCCUUUAAUCACUGCAUCUUGUUUUCAGUUUGGGAAAUAAACCUGGGCUAAGCCUGAGCCUACGCUUCUAACU